AUGGCGGACAGUCUCCCGACUGAGUUUGACGUCAUCAUUAUCGGGACAGGUUUGCCCGAAUCCAUCCUUGCAGCCGCGUGUGCGAGAAGCGGACAGAGAGUCCUCCAUGUCGACUCCAGGAGCUACUACGGGGGAAACUGGGCUAGCUUCACCUUCUCGGGGCUGCUCUCCUGGCUGCAGGAGCAUGAGCAAGACAGCGAGGCCGGGGACAAAAGCCCAGCCGCCUGGCAAACCCUGAUCCGCGACACAGAGGAAGCCAUCGCUCUGCGCGGCCAGGAUGACACCAUCCAGCACGUGGAGGUGUUCCGUUACGCCAGCGAGGACGGGGGUGACGGUGCGGAAGAGGUGGGUGCUUUGCAGAGAAAUCCUUCCUCGGAAGCAUCCAGCACCCUCACUCAACCUCUGGAUCCUGCGUGCCCGUCGGAAGAAACACACCCAGACAGCACUGGCCCCGAGACGCCCGCCAAAGACACCCCGCAGCCUGAUGGAGACAUCUCACCAGAAGUGACCGAUGGAGAGGAGAACCAGGUGACGGGAGAAGAUGGCGGAGAUCAGACCCGUGGCCACCCAGCUUCCGACGGAGCUGAGGACGAAAAUAAACCUCCAGCGGAAGACAGCGCGGAUCCCCCAAGGAGAACGAGGAUCACUUACUCCCAGAUCGUUAAAGAGGGCAGGCGGUUCAAUAUCGAUCUGGUGUCCAAGCUGCUGUACUCUCAGGGCUCGCUGAUCGACCUUCUGAUCAAAUCCAACGUGAGCCGCUACGCCGAGUUCAAAAACGUCACCCGGGUCCUCGCCUUCCGGGACGGCAGAGUCGAGCAGGUGCCCUGCUCCCGGGCGGAUGUCUUCAACAGCAAAGAGCUCAGCAUGGUGGAGAAGAGGAUGCUGAUGAAGUUCCUGACCUCCUGCCUGGACUCCGAGCAGCACCCCGGCGUGCUGGAGGGCCAGGACGUCACCCGGCGCCCCUUCUCGGAGUUCCUAAAGACUCAGAAGCUCACCCCCAACCUCCAGCACUUCAUCCUGCACUCGAUCGCCAUGGCGGAGCCUUCCUGCUCCACGGCCGACGGCCUGCAGGCCACCAAGCACUUCCUGCAGUGCCUCGGGCGGUACGGCAACACCCCGUUCCUGUUCCCGCUGUACGGCCAGGGGGAGAUCCCCCAGUGUUUCUGCCGGAUGUGCGCCGUCUUCGGCGGCAUCUACUGCCUCCGCCACCGAGUCCAGUGCCUCGUGGUGGACAAGGAGUCCGGGAGGUGCGAGGCGGUGAUAGACGGCCUGGGCCAGCGGAUAAGCGCCAAGCACUUCGUGGUGGAGGACAGCUACCUCUCCCGGGAGACAUGCGCGGGCGUGCGGUACCCGCACAUCUCCAGGGCCGUGCUCAUCACCGACCGGUCGGUGCUCCAGGCCGAGUCCGACCAGCAGGUCUCCAUCCUGACGGUCCCCCCGGCCGAGCCGGGCGCGCCCGCCGUCCGGGUGGCCGAGCUGUGUUCCUCCACCAUGACCUGCAUGAAGGACACCUACCUGGUGCAUCUGACCUGCCCGUCCGCGCGCACGGCCAGGGAAGACCUGGAGCCAGCGGUGCAGGCACUGUUCACCCCCUCCACGGAGGCAGACACGGACACGGACACGGGGGGCCUCGGGAAGCCACGGCUGCUGUGGGCCCUCUACUUCAACAUGAGGGAUUCCUCGGGGGUCAGCAGGGGCUCCUACCGCGGCCUGCCCGCCAACGUGUACGUCUGCUCCGGGCCGGACUGCGGCCUGGGGAACGAGCACGCCGUCAAGCUCGCCGAGGCCCUCUUCCAGCAGAUCUCCCCGGGAGAAGAUUUCUGCCCCCCGCCCCCUAACCCCGAAGACAUCAUCUUUGACGGGGAGGACAAACCCCCCGAGCCCCCCGGGACCAGUGACAUCAUCGUGGCCAAACUGGAAGCCCCCGAGGGAAGCCAGCACCCGGAUUGCCCAGGGCAACAUCCUCAAAAUUAG